AAUAGUACCUACCUCUUAGGAUUGCUGUGACGAGUACCCACGUAAAGCCCUUGAGAGUAAGCGCUACGUAAGUUCUAGCUGCCAUUGCUCUUUUUAUGCAGAGCCGUGGGGGAAACCGCAUGAACCUGGUUUACUGGCUGCAUUUUCCCAAGACCACGCAGCGAAUCUAGCCCAGGCGAGCGGGACUCCGCGCCCAGCCCCCUCUGAGCUGAGACUUGGCAGCAGAUCUCCAAGCCACUGAUGGAGAAGAAGCGACGGGCACGCAUCAAUGUGUCCCUGGAGCAGCUGAAGUCGUUGCUGGAAAAACACUACUCACACCAGAUCCGGAAACGCAAGUUGGAGAAGGCAGAUAUACUGGAGCUGAGCGUCAAGUACAUGAAAAGCCUUCAGAACUCGGUGCAAGGGCUCUGGUCGGUCCCCAGCGGAGCUGAGUUCCCGUCGGGCUUCCGCAGCUGUCUGCCCGGCGUUAGCCAGCUUCUGCGGCGCCGAGAGGAGGGAGGCGGUGGCCUGCGCUGCCCCCUGGCGCACGAGCGCGCAGGAGGCAGCACCAUGGACAGCGCCGGCCCGAGCCCGAAGGCACCCGCCCCGCUCGGCGCCUGCGCCCCUGCCAUUUGGGCCCCUGCUCCGGCCACCGGCGGCUCGCCCUCCCCGCCACCCCUGCUCCUCUUCCCUGGAGGUCUCCCCGGCCCGUCCUCCAGCGUCCCGGGGCCGCAGCCGGCGCCUCGCCGCUGCACCGAGAGCCCGGGGCCGGGUCUGGGCGUUUGGCGGCCCUGGUGAGUCCCGGCGCGGCCUCGGACUCAAGGGGGCCCCCGCCUGGCAUGGGGACGCAGAGACUGUUUAGAGCGCGCCUGCGGUGACGGCCGGGACCCCCAGUCGUCCGUCCCGGUCCCGUGGCAGGGGUGGCCGGGAGGGUGCCGCGCGCCCGCGAACGCGAGGAAAUACACGGAACCACAGGGGGGACCGGGGUCCGCCCCCCACCCGAGCCCCACCUACUCAAGCCAGACCCACUCUCUCUUCUUCCCACCUUGUCGUGGGGCUGGGAGGGGAUGUCCCAGGCCGCGCCUCUUUCCCAGGGCCCCCGGCGGGCAGCCCGUCCCCACCCCCGCCCAGCAGCCGCGCCGCGGUGGGAAGGUCGCCGUCUGCAGCGGCGCAGAGCGGACCCCUCGCAGCGAGGAGAAUUGCUGCCCCGCCCCGGCCCAUUCAGCCAGCCGAGGACGCCCGGUUCCCACCGGCACAAAGCACGGCGGGUCCCGCCCCGCCGGCGAGGGGCCCCCAGCCCACCCCCACCUGGGAUCCUCUCGGCUUCCACGGAUCCCCACCCCCUCCGUACGCGGCGCAGCCCACCCGGCAGGCGCGCUCUCCGAGGCCCGCCCCUCUCGGAAGACCCGCCCGGAGCUGUCCUGGCUCAGCAGCCCGCCCCGCAAGAUGCUCCGCCCAUCGCUCGGUUCGCCCCACCCCCCGCCGCGCGGCUCCUGAGGGUCCCGGCCUCCGGACCUCUGCGGCCGCCACAGAGCCCGCGACCCUCGACAACCCUCGGAGCGCUCGGCGCCUGUUUAUUCGUCCGAAAACGAGGUCAUUUCUGUGCUCGGACUCUAGCCCGGGGUCCCGGUUCUCGAGGGGCAGCCUGGGGUUGGGGGACGGGAAUCCCGCGCCGAGCCCCGGAAGAGAUCCUGGCACUUCUGGUUUGAAAUUCAGAAUACCCACAGGGCAAACCUGUGAAAUGGGUAUAAAGAGACCACGAAGGUCCAAAUUUCUCCCACGAUGCCUGCUUGGGUGCAUCUUUUGAACGACAAAUACCGACUUUCUAUACAACAUUUCCCGUUUAGGAGUGCCCUGCUUUGCCUGUGUGCUAAACCCGUUCUGGUUAGGCUGCGAGGGGAGAGCGGCCCGGCUCCCCCACUCCACCCAUCAGACUCUGAAGCACAGGCGGGGAGGGGUCCCGGUUGUGGCGGUCCUGGGGCC